AUGACGCGACAUCACUGUCCACAUAUCCCUACGAAGAUUUAUGAUAAAAGUGACAAAUCGUGUCUUCUCUCCGAGUAUACCGACAACUACCCUCUCUAUCAUUCUUACCUGCCCAGAGAGUCUUUCAAGCCCAGGCUCGAGUUCAGGAAAGGAUCCAUACCGAUGGAAAGCCUGACCACGACGAGGAGAGAUUAUGGGCUUCAGAAGGUGUUACCGGUGAAGGGCCCCCAGCCCAAGGAGUUUGUCCCUAGUGGAGAGAACAUGGACUUGCUCACGACGUAUAAGAAAGAUUACAACCCUCACUCUGUGUGCCGAGUGGCCCCCAUCAAGCAUCCGGAUAGCAAAUAUCCCUGUCACGAUCGGAUGGAGUGUCUGCCUACGUAUAAAGCUGAUUAUUUACCUUGGAACCAACCCAAACGAGAAGCACUUGGCCCACCACAUCACUACCAGCCGACAUCCACCAAGUUUGACAACAGAACCACACACCAGGAUGACUACUAUGCAAAGGGCCUGGUGAGCACUGUGAGCUGCAGGCCCCUGCCCGUGCCCAGGCUCCACAACGUCCCCCUGGAGGAUCUGACCAACUACAAGAUGAGCUACGUGCCCCACCCUGUGGAGAAGCGCUUUGUGCACGAGCCUGAGAAGUUCAGGCCCUGUGACGUGCCCUUUGAAACCCAAACUACCCACAAAGACUCCUUUCGGGGUCUAAGGGGGGAGCCUGCGAAGAGCUCAAAGCCUCCAGUGAGGACCUGUGGGUUAGAGAAACCUUUCUCCAGCACCAGCGAGUUUAAGGAUAAAUACCAAGCAUGGCCAACGCCCAAGGUGUUCUCCAAAGCUCCGGCCACCUAUGUUCCUCCCGAGGAGAAGAUGGACCUUCUGACCACAGUGCAGGCCCAUUACACGUACCCCAAGGGCAGUCCAGCUCGGCCCUGCCGGCCAGUGCACCGGAUCAAGAAGGGCGACCACUUUGAGGGUUCCACCACCACCCGGGAUGAUUAUAAGCAGUGGGCCCAGGUCCGCUCAGAGCCGGUGAAGCCCCCUCCCCAGCUGAGCCUCCCCACAGAGCCCUUGGACUGCCUGACCACCACCCGAGCCCACUACGUGCCCCAUCCCCCUAUCUGUACCAAGAGCUAUAAGCCUUCCUGGAAUUUUCCUCGAGGAAAUAUCCCUCUGGAGGGCCAGACCACCUAUACCGUCAGCUACACUCCUAAGGAGAUGGUCAGAUGCCUGGCUUCAUACCCCGAGCCCCCUGGCUACAUCUUUGAGGAAACAGAUGCUUUCGGGCACCGGAUAUACAGACCAGUGUCCCAGGCUGGUUCCCUGGACAAGAGUCACCUUUCUGUAGGGGAUUUGGAAAAUCCCAGGCAGCCAGAGUUAGCAGUGUCGGCUUGA